CAGACGCAGCCUUGUGGCUGAGAAUCAGCUUUUCUUUUCCUCAUAGGCUCUCUCUCUGCCUCUCUUCACACUGUCGGUGUGAUCCAGCUGAGUGGGUGAAAAGGGAGUGAGUGAGAGAGAGAGAGGCAGCUUGUAUAAGGCAGUAGUCAAUCACUCAGCACAGCAACCAGAGAGAGAGAGAGAGAGAGAGAGAGAGAGAGAGAGAGAGAGAGAGGGGGAGAGAGAGAUUGGAGAAGCAGCCAGUCAUUCGUGCCUCACUCCAGGCUCCUUAAGUUUACAGGCAGCCAGGCAGGAUUUUCUUGGCUUGGACGCAGCGCUCAUGACAGGAUUAGGAGCCGGGGACGCGGGACCAACCGGAGAUCUGCAGGUCCUAGUGGACGAGUCCGAGCCAGAUUCUGUCCCUGCACAGCUGUGACCGGCCCCCCGUGUCCGGUCACACCAAUCAUCCCGUCUUCCAAAAGGUUGACCUGAUUACCGAGCGCCUUCCCCUUCCCUCUUCUCUCUCCUUCCUAUCAUGCGUCUCCUCGCCACCCUCCUCCUCCUGCUGCUCCUCCGGUUGGCCGAGCCCCGGAGAGGCCCGCGGUCGGGGGCCGCGGAGAGACGCGCCGGGGGCCGCGUGCGAGGCAGGGGCAGGGCGGGGGUCGUGAGGCGUCAAACUCAGGAGUGUAAGGAAUACAUGGAGGCAGGGGAGAAGUACCUGGACUGCCAGGACAGGCAGCUGACCACCGUGAUGCAGGACUGGCCCAAAGACAUUCACCACCUGCUGCUGGCAAGAAACAAGAUUCAGGUUUUGAGGGACAACAUGUUCUCCCAGUUCACCCAGCUGAAGAGCCUGGACCUCCAGCAGAAUGAUAUCUCAAUGGUGGAGGACGGAGCGUUCAGCGGCCUCUCGCAGCUCACCACCCUGCUCCUCCAACACAACGGACUGAGAACAGCCUCCGAGGAGAUCCUGCUCCCCCUGCCCCGCCUCACCUACCUCCGUCUCUAUGACAAUCCCUGGAGCUGCCACUGCUCGUUGGACAGCCUGGUCAGGAAGCUGCAGGUGCCUAGCAACCGCAACCUGGGCAACUACGCCAAGUGCGCUGAGCCUCUUUUACUAAUGGGCCAGAAGCUGAAGAAGCUGAACGUGGACUCGUUGUGUGAGGGUGACAACCAGGUGGACAGGAGGCCAGGGGGGCGACCAAGGCCUCCACCGGUCAAACAGAAGCCAGAGGCCACGUCCAUGUGUCACACCUACAUGUUCCCUAAACCUCUGCUCGACUGUAGCAACAAAGAUCUGAAUCACAUCCCGUCUGACCUGCCGGCGGACAUAGUGAAGAUGGAUCUGUCCAGUAACAUCAUCAAACAUCUCAGGCCCAAACAGUUCCUGCUGUCCAAAGAGCUCAAGCUGCUCAACCUUAGCAGCAACAGCCUGCAUCAUAUAGACACAGCUGCAUUCGCAGGCCUGCUGUACCUCCGUGAGCUCGACCUGUCCAACAACAGCCUCCAUUACUUCCAGUACGGCGUGCUGGAGGACCUCUACUUCCUACGGAAGCUCUUGUUGGGCAACAACCCCUGGAUCUGCGACUACAACAUCCACUACCUGAUCUACUGGCUCAAGCACCACCCCGGCGUCUCUUACACUGGCCUGAUCUGCUCCGAGCCGCAGGAGUUCAAGGGCUGGCGCGUCGAGGAUUACGUCAAGACCUACAACGGGGAAUGCCCCAAGGAUAAACAAACAGAAGGGAUGGACACGGGACAGGGAGGACAGGGAGGGUCGGACAAUGAGGCGCAGGAGGUGGUGGCGGAGACGGCUGAAGGGCCUGGUGAGCGUCUGCCUCGGCCCCUGAAAGAGAAGAAGCCCAAACAGUUUGAGAUCAUCAGGCUGAGUUAAAGUGGAAGUGGAUCAGUGGACUGGUGUGGUGUUUAAUAUGGAGCGAAAUCUACACAAGAAAGUGGUCUGUGGACAGGCUGAAGAAUGGAUUAAUAUGGAUUAAUAAUUCAGUGAUUUGAUAUUCAAAUACAAAUGCCAGGAGCAGAAGUACAAAUCUGGGAUGAAAUCCAUUAUUUGGUCAUAAGAUGUCUCUUUAAACAUUUUACAUCUUAAAGAUUAAUUAGUUACAGCGUCAUAUUGCUAAGUUUACCUUUAAGCAAAGGUUUAGGAAUUGUUGUUUGAGCUUUUGUUUUAUCUUUUUUACAGAUCAUUCAGUCUGUAUCAGUUUCCCACACAAUGAACUGCAGGUGCUCUCUUUUUUCUAUUAUAGUAAUUUUGAUAUUGAGUUCAGGAUAAACUUUUUUUUCUUUAAAAAAAAAGGUAGUUUUUGGUCUUUUGUAUUAAUAAUGUAUGAUAUUGUCCUACCUGUUUUCUGGAAAUAAAAUUGGGUUUAUUUUU